AGCCCGAGAGGGACACGAUCGAGGCUAUAACUCCCCGCAGCAGCCGAGAGCGGAGAAGGCAGAGAGGCGCUCAGCGGGGUUCGAACUUGUGCAGGAGAGAAUCGAAUUUCUUUUGAGACGGGGUGGAAGGAAACGCAGCAACAGAAAGUCCCGCAAGAUCCAGCGUGCAGUCUCUUCGCCGCCGCCAAGUAGAAGAGGGAGGCAGGGGGCUGCAGAAACCGCAACAGUUUUGCAGAGAUCCUCCACCCUUUCCCCGGUCCGUGUGAGAGAGUAGCCUAACUGUUAGGGCAGGAGCAUCAGCAACAUGUCCGGGUGCGUGCUGAGCCUUCUCGUGCUGCUCUGCAGCUGGAGCCUGAGUGACUUGCUGGUGGAAGCUUGUACCUGCGUCCCAAUUCACCCUCAGGAUGCUUUCUGCAACUCUGACAUUGUCAUCCGAGCCAAGGUUGUGGGCAAGAAGCUUAUGAAAGAUGGACCUUUUGGGACGAUGCAAUAUACUGUCAAACAAAUGAAGAUGUACAGGGGUUUUGACAAGAUGCCACAUGUUCAAUAUAUCUACACAGAGGCCUCUGAAAGCCUUUGCGGGGUCAAGCUAGAGGUCAACAAGUACCAGUAUUUGAUUACAGGCCGAGUUUAUGAUGGAAAGGUUUACACUGGACUGUGUAACCUGAAUGAGAAGUGGGAUCGACUGACUCUCUCCCAGCGCAAAGGACUCAACCAUCGUUACCACCUCGGUUGUGGCUGCAAGAUUAAGCCCUGCUACUACCUUCCGUGCUUUGUGACCUCCAAGAAUGAGUGCCUGUGGACAGACAUGCUUUCCAGCUUCGGCCAGCCAGGGUACCAGUCAAAGCAUUAUGCCUGCAUCAAGCAGAAGGAAGGCUACUGCAGCUGGUACAGAGGAUGGGCACCUCCUGAUAAAACAACCAUCAAUGCCACAGACCCCUGAACACCCCCUUUUCUUUGUUCCUUCCCUCCCAUGCGGCCGAGCAUUCUUUGGACACUAACUCAUAUCAGAUCAUGAUGACAACCAUGAUAUUAGUGCCUGUUUCUUGCGAAUUUUAGCACUUCGAACUUUGGUGUUUGUUUGUUUUUUAAAAAAAACUAUGCUGUCUUAACUGAUUAUCUUUUUUGUUUUAAAUCACUUAAAAACAACAACACAAUUGCUAUCACCCAUUUUUGGUCAGAAGAGAUUUAUCUGGGAACUUCUAUUUGCACACCAGAUAAAUAAGGGAGCUUUGGCUCUCAGUUAUAUAUCACUCUCUAUAUAGCAAUAUAAUCUAUAUUUUUGUAGGAAAACAAAAAUCUCAAAAAUUUCCCAGAUGGGUAUUGCAUCACAAUUCCAGCCCCCUCCCCAAGCUGCUUCUUCACCCACACAUUCAGUCCUCAGACCAUGUAGAUACUCUUUUUAAAAAAAUAAAAAUAAAAAAUGCAACCAGUUAGGAUUAACAAUGUGAGCAAAUUUAAGCCGCACACCGGAUGGAUGAAAAGAAAGUGAUGAUGUUUGAAGUGGAUGGGGCACUGUGGGGGAUUCAGCUGUCAUGUGCAUUAAAAAGCACUACAUCAAAAUGCCUGUCUCGUUUGAAAUGUGAAUGUAAAAGCCCCACUGUAGUUCUGGGUUGUGCAAGAGCAUAAAUGACAGCUUUUAAAAAUCAACACCGAUUAAUGGGAGCAAAUCCCUCUUCUAAGCACGGAGCAAACAAGUUCAGAACCAAAUCAACAGGCUUCGAAGAGGCCUUUUCAACAUAAACUCCUAAUACAUGGAAAUGUAUCAAUACAAACUAAAACAAAUAAAUACACUUAAAGAUACUUGGAAAGAGAGGCAAAGGGAAGUCUGGAGAAAAGGAAAACAAAUUAAUUAAGGCUAUUGGCGUUAAGAAAUUAGAUGCCAAAACACUGCUUUUUUUGAAUGGAAAUGUAUAUAGAUAUGAUGAUAUAAGCUAUUUUUGACAGGACAUGGAAUUGUUUCAUGCUAUAAGCAAUGAAAAGUUUGAAUCUUCACAUUCCAAGUCACUGGAUACUAUUUUAUUUUUAUUU